CUCAUAGGAGUGGCCAGGAAGGAGGGAAUAAUAAUAGUUGAGCUGCCCAGUAAAACAAGUCACUUUACGCAGCCAUUUGACAGGUCUGUUUUUAAGUCUUUUAAGACGAGCUGGGGGAGACAUGUACAGGACUUUACUUCGCAAACAGGGGUAGCUGUAGGACACUCCCAGUUCUUUAGAAUUAUGACAAAGGCGUGGAACGAUGCCCUCACCAGUAACAAUGUGAAAGCUGGGUUUGAAGCUACUGGUAUCUGUCCUUUCAAUCCAGGCGUCAUACCUGACCUUGCCUACAGUCCAUCAGAACUGUAUGUAGCAACGCCCUUAGAUCAAUGUAAGGAAGAGUGUAAUACAGUGGAGCAAGUCCAUUCAAAUCCUUCCGUAGAAACCGCUGUUUUACCCACUGUUUGUGCUGCAAGCAGUAGUACAUGUACCGAAAAUGAUGUAAUUGUUUCAAUUGACAUAGAUGUACAUGAGAUGGACCAGGUUGUGGACCUACCUGUUUGUUUAGAUGAGAAUGGCAUGAUCAAGGUUCUUGAAGAGCAGUUAGGUCCACAGCAAGGUCCUGACCAAAGUCCUCAGCCAUCUGCUUCUAAGCCUGAGUGCAAUUCGUCAACCCUUCCCGAUCAAACUAGCAAUCUAAGGGAGUGCGAUGCAGCACUCGCUUUAUCUGUGGUCGAAUCAGCAAUAACUGAUGAGAAAAUAAACCUGUAUAACAAUACAUACCAAUCAGGCAGCACACUAAACGACUCCAUGUACGAAACCUGGAAAAUGUAUAAAGAACAAAUAUCCCCAAGGCCCAUAACAGUACCUAUUAUCCCUGACAACCCCAUGCUUGUUCUACCUAAACAACAAUAUAAAAAGCCAACAAAAAAGAAUAAAUACUUUGUAGUUACUUCUGAUGAAUGUUUUAAAGCAAAACUGGAAGAAAAAGUAAAAAGGGAAAAGAAAAUCUCUGAUGCAGAAGACAGGAAACAUCAAAGACAAUUAAAAAGAGAAAACAGAGAAAAGGCCGCGGGGAAAAAAAUAAAAAAAGAGAAAGUUUGUCUAAAGGAGCAAAUUUGAUUUAUUGAUUGAAACAGACAGACUAGUUCUUUUACAUGUUAUAAGAAGGUCUAGAAAAAUGUUUUACUUUUAAUUUGUAAACAUUCAUAUUCUUCAGAGUAUUGAUGGUAUAAAAUGUUGUCUCUAGUUUGUAUUUUGUUUUAUGUCAUCCACUAUGUCUUGUAAUAUCUUUAACUCAGUUUCAGACACAUACGCAGCAAUAUAUUUCACAAGAAAAACAUGACUCCUUAUAACAAUUUCUUCACAAUCUCCAGCCAGUGAACGCAUUUCCCAUUCCUGCAGUUGAUGUAUCACCGUCUUUGUUAUGGCAUGAGAUCUUGAACAUAAUGUUUUGAUGAUAACAUGUAAGGUGAAUAAAGAGUCAUGAUCGAAAUGCGUUUCAUGCCAGAAGAGGUUAUCCAAAAGUUGAUGCGCUACCCACUCAUACUCCUUUCUUCUUCCAUGCAUCUCACGACUGAGCAGGACUUUGAUUAUAUUUGCCAUAACCUUAACAAGAUCUAAACGUUUCUGAUGUAAGGAAAAGUUGCAUACUUGCAAAUACAACAACAACAUCAUCAACAUUAACCUAAGCUGAAGUAUACAAUCAAAUUCACCUCUUGAGAACAACAACCUCUAGUCAACGUAAUGUUCAGUCAAUAUUUGUAACACCCAAAGGGUGUUGCUCUACAAAGGUUGUACACGUUCGAGAUGAAUUUGAUUUGUCAUUUGAGUUUUAAAAGUUACUUUAUAAGUAAAAUAGCCGCUGUAAUAAGCAUGUAUCGUGUGAGCCGUGUAUGUUUUUGUAACCUUUUAUCUCACUAUAGACAAGUUUGAUCUGUACUCUUAGAGAAAUUAGAAAUUCUGCUUGAGAUUAUAUCAUGGUUAAGUGAGCUUUUAAAGCCUUUUGGAAUCACGAUAUAAGCCAUCUGCCGCAUAUAUUACGCACUGAGAAAUUUCAGCUAAGCUAAUAAGAUAUAGGGUGAGAAAAUUGUGCAGCCCGACCGGAACACGAACUCGGGGCUUCGGAAUACUGUUCCAAUGCUCUACCAAUUGAUUCUCCCCGUAUGUGACCAAGUCCGUUCCGUGAAUCUCCCUAUGCUAUAGCUUUCAUUUAUAACUGAUAACUAUUUCUUGUGGUAAGUACUACCUUUAAUCUAGCUAGCUCAUCAUCAAACUACUAUUGGCUACUAAAUAAAACUGUAUGUAUAAUUGUCAACAAAAAACAACAACAUUUCAGAAAGGAUACUAGGAAGUCUUCUUUAACAGAAAUGGCGCCUUUAAUUUCUGGGGAAUCUGGCCAAUAAGAAACCUUUUCACAUAAAUAAAAACAGCAAAUUUCAUUGGCAGCAGUCAAAAAAUGUCUUGUUCGUUUAAAGGGCGAAUGCAUUUUACUUGUUCGCUUCAUGGGCGAAAGUGUUCGUUUUAACGGCGAAUUUGAGUUGUGUUAGUAUUUCAUGUACUUUGAUUCAUUGGCCCGAGAUAAUGACCAAGCUUUUAAGAUAACGUGAACCGAUGAUGGUACUAGACACGGUCCGAAUGAAUCUGACGGUGUAGCAGGUGAGUGAACAACAUGUGAUCAUCGCAAUUUCGUAACCCGUUCGCUUCAAGGGCGAAU